UUCAUCACGGCAUUCUGGCUCGCGAGUGCGGCUCACGCCGCCGAGCUCACUGGCAUGUCAGACGCAAAAAUCGGCGCGCCCACCAUCCUGUCGCUCGACAGCCCAACCACGCGGUGGACGGCGUCGACCGGCGGCGCUUCGCCGCCGGCUGGCUGCGGCUUUACUCGCGUACAGCCCAGCCCGGUUUCAGCGGUGGUGCUCGCGAGCGGCCGAGUCGAGGGCGUGCGGACGCGCGAAGCGUGCUGCGAGCGCUGCUGGGCCGAGGCGCUCUGCGUCUCGUCGCUUCACGACGCCGGUGCGGCGCUCUGCUUGCUGCAGACCUCGCCGGAGAGCGGCGCCGCCACGGUGCUGGCGGCCGAGGUUGACGAGGCGUGGACGCGGUGCGAGCCGAAGCGGGCCGACGGCCCGCCGCUCUCCCUCCAGAUCGACGCCUCCGUGCCUGGCGACCUGCUCACCGACCUGCAGCGCGCCGGCGUGAUUGGCGACCCGCUCCGCGAGAAGAACUGGCUCAACUCGUCGCUGUGGAACCACCACACGUGGACGUACACCGCGAGUAUCAGCACCGCACAGCUCGGCUCUCGCCUCGGCCGGCCCGGCUCUCGCCUCCUCCUCGUCUUCGACGGAAUCAAGAUGGGCGCCACGGUCGAGCUCGACGGCGCUCGUCUCGGCGUCGCCGCAGACCAGUUCUUGCGGUACUCGUUCGACGUCUCGGACCUCGCGGUGGGAGCGCCGCGCACGCACACGCUGGCGGUCAGCUUCGACCCGGCCAUUCACGUCGACGGCCGCUUCGCCGCGUGCACCGGCGGCUGGGACUGGGCGCCGUACUCGCACGCGUACCUCGACGGCGCGCACACCAUGUCCAAGGGGAUCUGGAAGUCGGUCUACCUCGCCGCCGUGCCUCCCUCGAGCGCGGCGAUCCUGCACGCAGUGCCCCAGAUCUUCUACCGCGGCGACUACCCGACGGCGCGGCUCGAGGAGGGCGGGCACGCCGGCUUCCGCGAGGGCGGGCACGCCGGCUUCCGCGUGGCGGUGGUCGUCCACUUCGAGGCGGCGACGCCCCUGCGCGGCACGCUGCGUCUCGCGACAGAGUGGGGCCCUCCCUGUGCGCUCCCGCUCUCCCUCCCCGCCGGCGCCUCCAACGCCACAAUCGAGGCGGCGGCGCGGGCGAGCGAAGUGCGCCUCUGGUGGCCGAACGGGCUCGGCGGCCAGCCGCUCUACCGCGGCUCGCCCGUCACUGUGAACCGGACGGUUGGCUUCCGGUACGUCGCCCUCGUCACCGGCAACGACACCGACCCCUCCUUCGUCGCGCGGGCGAGCGGGCGCGAGGGGAGCGGCUCGCACGGCGCGCCGCUCACCGUCAUCCCGACGGACGAGCUUGAGGGGCGCUGGUCGGCGGCGGCGCACGCAGAGAUGGUCUCGUCGGCGGCGGCGGCGCGCUUCAACAUGCUGCGCGUGUGGGGCGGCGGCGCCUUCCUACCCGACGCGUUUUACGACGCGUGCGACGCACGCGGCUUGCUCGUGUACCACGACAUGCAGUACGCCCAGUCGGGCCAUUCGCCAAAGGCCACCCCUGCGCGGGAGGCGGAGCUGAGGCGAGCGGCGACCGCGACGCAGGAGGCGGAGCUGAGGCACGCGGUGCGCCGCCUCGCGAGCCACCCGUCGAUCGCGGUGUGGGACGGGUGCAACGAGUGCCAGGUGGUGAUGGGGACGCCCACCGGUGUGUACGCCACAUUCGUGAUGACCGUGGUGGCGAGCGAGGACGCGUCGCGUGCGGUGUGGCCCUCGUGCCCCGCCGCGGGCUGGAGCAGCGGCGUGCGGCUGCUCGACGCGCUCCCAACCGGCCGCCCCCUCGUCACGCCGAAGUCGCGCUCGCGCAUCGAGACGCACGGCCCCUACCAGCACGGCAGCGGCUUCGCCGCCGUCAACGGGGCCUCGCGCCUCGCUCUCUUCCCGCCCAACCUGCCGAUCAAGCUGCCGGACGCGGCGCCCACCGGCCCGGCGCACCCGAACGUGUUUGCCUCCGAGUUUGGCGCGGUCGCCAUGUCCUCUUUCGAGUCGAUGGCUCCGACGCUCGCGCCCAAGCACUGGGGCCUCCACGCGGGCCAGCGCAGCGACAACUGCAGCGGCGGCUUCGAGCGGCGGUGCGAGGGGGAGAAUGUGAUGGCGGAGCGCAACUACCCGUGCGACAACAUGAUCGAGGUCUACUUUGGACGCGCGCCGGCGGGCUACCUCGACGCCACCGGCGAGGCGGUCUUCCGGCGGCAGCUCUACCAGUGCCUCCUCGCCCAGGCGCGCCGCCGCCCGGACCACCGCGUGCCCGCCAGACGGACUCGCCGGGCCGCGCCGCGUCAGCGCGCGCGCCCGCUGCAGGCGCUCAACGUCAAGUCCAACAUCGAGGCGCGCCGCGCGAGGAACGAGCUCGGCAUCCUGGUGUGGCAGCUCAACGAGAUCUGGCCGACGGGCGGCUGGGGCUCGCUCGAGUACGGCACCCCGGUCGCGGGCCAGGUGCUCGGCGGGCGGUGGAAGCCACUGCACUACCUGUACGCGCGCUCCGUCUUUGCGGACGUGGUCGCGGUGUGCGGCGAGGGCGGCGCCUGCUACGUCAAAAACGACGGGCCGCGCCCCGUCGCCGGCCGCAUCGCCGUCCGCGCGCUGGAGUUUGCCAGCGGUGUCGUCACCCCCUUGGCCGCAGUCGCCGUCGCGCUUCCCGCGGGCGCCGGCGCGAGCGCCCGCUUCGAGAUUGACCUGAGCGCGUUCGACGGCUCGACGCACCUCCUCAUUGCGGAGUGCAUCGACGACUCGGGCGCCGUCCUGUCGACCAACGAGAUGCUCUUUGCGCCCCCGAGCCAGCUGCAGCUGCCGACGGCGGUGGUGAGCGCCGGCGUCGCCGAGGCCCCCAACGCGGACGGCUCGAUCGACGUGGUGGUGAGCGCGAGCGCGACGGCGCUCUACGUCGUCCUGACCAGCCUGGCGCAGGGCCGCUUCAGCGACAACGCCUUUGCGCUCCCGCCGGGGACGGCCACUGUCCGCUUCCUGCCCACCGGCGCGCUCGACCGGUCGCUGCUGGUCUCCUCGCUGCGCGCGGAGCACCUGCAGGCAAACCUGAUGCCGGCGCCUGCGGCGCGCCCCUACGAGCGGCCCCGGGCACAUCUGGCGGCAUGA